GGGGUUGGGGAAACAGUAGUGNCUCCCUCGCUCGCCGUCGCGCCCCUUAUCGGUUUCCUGCUCUUUCUCUUCCAUUGAUCCGUCUUCCAAACUCCUUCUUCACUGAAAGCGAGAGGAACCCUAAUUUUUGGGCUGCAAAAAUGUCGGGGAAGGGAGCCAAGGGUCUGAUAAUGGGCAAAUCUGCCUCCAACAACAAGGACAAAGAUAAAAAGAAACCUGUCUCUCGCUCUUCCCGCGCUGGUCUCCAGUUUCCAGUGGGAAGGGUUCACCGGCAACUAAAGACAAGGGUUGCCGCAAAUGGACGAGUUGGGGCUACAGCAGCCGUAUACACAGCAGCUAUCUUGGAGUACCUGACUGCAGAGGUGUUGGAGCUGGCCGGAAAUGCUAGCAAGGAUCUGAAGGUGAAGCGUAUAACACCAAGGCAUCUGCAGCUCGCAAUAAGAGGAGAUGAAGAACUGGACACACUCAUUAAAGGAACCAUUGCUGGCGGAGGAGUCAUCCCCCACAUCCACAAGUCACUCAUUAACAAAUCCUCCAAGGAAUAGAGAUUAUUAGUAUGCCUUUUUAUUUUUCAUCUUACAGCUUAGUUGAGUGGUUGUGUCAUUGUCAUAUGCUCAGUCCUGUCACUGUCUGGUCCAAUUUAGUAGCAAGGGGAGAAGAUAUUUCUCGUUUUGUAAGGUUAAAGAAUGGGAAAUCCCUUUUAUUUUUAGUCAUUUCUGACUUCGGGUUGCUUCGACUUCGAUCGACACUGCCAAUGUAAUUGACGACUCACAUUAUU